CUGCUAUUGCUGCAAACGCACAUUUACAAGUUGACUGUCAGCCCAACAACCCGACCAGCCGGCAAUGCAGGCCCCGUCCGUUACCUAGGCCGGCAGGGCGCUUAGCUGCGCCUUUCCAACAAGGGCCAGAGGAGCAGCUGCCAGGAUGACAGCAAGGAGAGGAUAGCCCUGGUUCAUGGUCGUCCUGGCAGUGCUCAGGCUUCCACUCCGGCUCAUAUCGCGCCUUUGCGCCUGGUGGCUUCGCAUAGACCUCAAAACAGCAGAGCUCCUCAGGCGUCAUGAUAGAGGGGCUCUGCCUCCGCCUCAGCAGCACGACGUGAGGCAGGAGCCCAGCAACUCGACUCCUCGCCAUCAGGCCAACAUGAACGGCGGAGCCCCUGCGGGGCCUCACGCCAACCACGUCGCGGACCAGGAUGAGAAUGCUUCAAGCUCGAACCGGCAAACACCGGGCCAUCUAGUCUAUGACAAGUAUGCCAGCCAGCGGCAAGCCUGGUGCGACUCCAUCCGCGACCAGACACUUGCAUGGAACUUCAACGCGUUUGAGCUAUAUUCAAGGACACAUGGGAACCCGCUGGUUACCAUCACCGUCACCCUGCUCGAAACCUACGAGCUUCUGGACGGCUGGCUUCUGGACCGCGCGAAAGUCGUCAAUUUCUUGUUGCGGGUGGAGCAGGAAUACAACCCCAACUCGUAUCACAACAACACACACGCAGCGGAUGUCACACAAACAGCUGCAGUGAUUCUGGAGAGCUUCAAGAAGCAAGUAAAGGAGAUCCCUAAGCUCGAGUACUUCAGCAUCAUCAUCGCCUCUGCGGUGCAUGACCUAGGGCACCUGGGCGUCAACAACGACUUUCUUAUUAACAGUCGGCAUCCACGUGCCACUAUGUACAAUGACAAGUCUAUUAAUGAGAACUUCCAUAUCGCACGGGCUUUCGCUAUAGCUCGGGAGUCCCCGGACCUGGACAUCUUCAGCGGGUUCAACGUGGACGACCAGAAGCAAAUACGGAAGCUCAUGAUCGAGACGGUGCUGUCGACGGACAUGGCAGUGCACUUCGACUUGUUAAACCGGUUCACGACCCAGGUGGAUGCAAAACCGGACCUUAGCGAGUGGACUGAUCGCACGCUUCUGUACCAGAUGCUCGUGCACUUAGCGGACAUCGCGAACCCGUCGCGGCCGUUCCACCUGGCUCGGGGCUGGGCAGAGCGGGUCAUCGAGGAGUUCUGCGACCAGGGUGACCGUGAGGCCGCAAUCGGCCUUCCCGUCUCGGCCAUGUGCAACCGGACUACCAUGAACAUGCCGCGCGCGCAACUGGGUUUUAUUAACAUUUUUCUAAAGCCUACCCUCACUUGCUUCGAGCGGGCGGCGCCGGAUUUUGUCAGGAUGGCGUUGGAGCACCUCGAAUUGACCAUUCGGGAAUGGUCGGCACUGGAUGCGGCGGGGCUGGUGCUCCCGCCGCACCUGAUGCCGAAGCCAGCGCAGCAACAGGACGGGGCAGGCGGGCAGGGCCAGCAGCAGCAGCAACCGGCGCAGGGACAGGGGCAGCAGCAGCGUGCACCUGUGCCUCCGCGUCCGCAAGCGCCGACCCCUAGAGAGGAUCGGCAGCUGCCACUGCGAACUCCGUGAGUAGCCAUUAAUUCGUUGCGCGUUGGCGCGUGCGGGGACAGUUCUGAGGCAUCCAGCUGCCGGGACAGCGGCCAGGUUUGCUACGUCCUUCAGGCGAACCGAUUGGCGCGCGCGGAACUAGUCGCCGUUAAGCUCGUAAGAGUGGGCUCGGGUGGUGCAAUUGGCGUUGUACACCAGUUGCUAUACGUGUGGUAAACACACCAGCAUCCCCGAGUCUGAAACUAC